AUGCAUGCAAAUACCUACAUGUUCUUACAUGAAAGAAGCUGUACUCCUGGACAAAUAAAGUCUUCUGGAAAGUAUCCUUGUGAUACCAGCAGUUUAGAAUGUGAAGAAAAAAGCAAACUUCUUGCAACUAUAGAACAGGCAGCAGCUUUUGUCACUACUAUGAUAUUUCAAGAUGGUUCUUCACAGCUCAACUCUGAGCAGGCCUCUACCUCAUCAAUAAAAGGAGUUGUUGUGCUGGUGAAGAAUCAGACUGAUCAGCCUUAUUCUCCAGGUCACACUUCAACUGGUUAUACUUGGAAUGCUGCAAAUGAAACUGAUAAAUUAAUUUAUUUAAAAACUGAACAGUCAUCUCUCUGGGAACAAGAACAAGCUCACAAGAAAUUUUCUUGGCAAGUGUUGUUUCAAAUGCUGCAGUGCAAAGUUCCAAUAAUUUGCUUCAAUGCAAAAGAUUUCCUGAGGACUCUCCUUCAAAUUUAUGGUAACGAAAUCAGCUGGAAACAAGUUGCCAAUAGUGUUGUGUUAGAUCCAAGGAUUGCAGCAUGGCUGAUAAACCCCAGUGACACAGUUCCUUCCUUUGAGUGUUUAAUACAGAAGUAUUUUGAAAAGCCUUUUUCAAAGGGAGCAGAAAAUACAGAUACAGACACUUUGAGAAAUAUAUCAUAUCAAAACCUAGGUGUGAACUUGGAGAAGCUUUAUAAUGUAAUGAUGGACCUUGCUCAUGGCUUAAAGGCUCAAGGUUUGUGGAACUUAUUUUGCACUUUAGAGCUUCCACUUAUCAAAAUUCUGGCAGUGAUGGAAACACACAAAAUAUAUGUGAACAAACAAGAACUGAAAAAAACAUCAGAGAUUCUAGGGUUGCGGCUCAAAGAGCUUGAACGGGAGGCUCAUGAGGUUGCUGGAGAACGAUUCCUUUUGACCAGCAGUUGUCAGCUCCGAGAGGUACUAUUUGAUAAGUUAAAGCUCCAUACGCUGUGUGAGAAACUUCAGAGAACUGAAAUACAACAGCUCGUAUCCACCUCAGAAAUUGUGCUAAAUAAAUUGCAAGAUCUUCAUCCUUUGCCUAAGAUAAUUUUAGAAUACCGCCAGGUUCAUAAGAUGAAAUCAACGUAUGUGGAUGGACUACGAACGUGCAUGAAAAAGGGAUUCAUUUCCUCUACUUGGAAUCAAACAGGAACUGUGACAGGCAGACUUUCAGCCAAACAUCCUAACAUUCAAGGUAUCUCUAAACAUCCAGUUACAAUUGCAAAGAAACAGUACAUAAAAGGAAAAGAAGAGGACAUAAUAACUAUUUCCCCAAGAAUGUUGUUUGUUUCAAAAGAAGGAUGUACAUUUUUAGCAGCAGACUUUUCACAUAUUGAGUUAAGGAUCCUUGCUGACCUAUCAUCUGAGCCAGAACUUCUGAAACUAUUUCAAGAACCUGAAAUCACUGAUAUCUUUGCUACACUGGCUUCUCAGUGGAAAGGGAUUCCAAGUGAACAAGUGAAACAUGCUGAUAGAGAGCAAGCAAAGCGUAUAGUUUACUCGGUGGUUUAUGGAGCAGGUAAAGAACGUCUUGCUGACUGCUUGGGAGUUACUCCUGUUCAAGCCAGUCAAUUUAUAGAGAGUUUUAUGCAAAAAUACAAGAAAGUACAUGAAUUUACAAAGAAAACCAUUGAACAGUGCCGGAGUAAAGGUUACGUGGUUUCCAUAAUGGGACGCAAAAGGCCACUGGCCAAUAUCAAUGCACAGGAUUACAAGCUGCGCACUCAAGCAGAGAGGCAGGCUGUAAAUUUUGUUGUUCAAGGCUCUGCAGCUGAUCUUUGUAAAAUGGCUAUGGUGAAGAUUUUUGCCUCUAUUGUCAUUUCUCCAACUUUAACAGCCAGGUUAGUAAUGAAAGAAUGCAAAACUGCUUGCCUUCAAAACAAAAUUAGUUGA